CGACGACGUGGCGGAGGCCUCAGGCGGCGCUGGCAGCGGGAGCCCCAGCUGCGGUGAUGGCGCGGGGAGCAGCUCUGCUGGCGGAGGCGGCUGGCGACACCGGGGCUGCUGCCGGGGGCGGGGGCGGAGGCGUGAGCUCCUCGCCCAUCAGCUUGGCGCUGGCUCGCGCUGUGACGGUGCGGCCCGCGGCUGCCCCCGCCGCUGACAGCGCGGCGGUACUGCCGCUGCGGGAUGUGCGCACUGCGGGCUUCCUCACGGACGCCGGGCUGGCGAUGGGGCGGUCCUUCCGCGUGGGCUGGGGACCGGGAGGCAGGCUGGUCGUUCCUGGCGCCGCCGAAGCCACCUCGGCAACGGAGAUCUGCAUCACGCGGGUCCGAGUGGAGGGCGAGGGAGCUGCGUACGGAGAACUAGCGUACGGCGCUGGCGGCGGCGGUGGCAGCGGGUCCGAGGAGGCUGAGGGCUUGGAGGCGCUGCGGGACCGGCUGCGCGCGGCACUGGAGGUGCAGCUUGCCGCUAGCAGGCCGCAGCAGCAGCAGGCUGGAGACGAUGACGACGCCGUGGGGAAUAGCAGCAUUGGCAGCGGCGACGACGGCCCUGCUGUACAUGUGCCGUAUUGGCGACUCUGCAUUGACGCCCGGGAGCUUGCCGUACUGGUGGACCGCCAAGUACGGGUUUGCGAGCAGCAGCUCCAGCAGCUUCUGGGCGGCGGCAGCGGAGGCGACGCCGCCUCCGCCGGCGGCCGCGGCGGCGGCGGUGCUGACGUGGACGCCGACCAUCCCGAAGUCGUACGGCUGCGUCAUGAGAUGGACACGUGGCGGCUUGUGGAGGUUUUGUUCGCCAGGAUCGACGGCGAGGUUCCGGAGGGGGAUGAGGAGGCUGCAGCCGCAGCGGUCGCAGCCAUUGAGGGUGGUGCUGACGCCGCCGGCGGCAGCGGCAGCGCCCGCGGCGCGGACAUGAUGGUUCUGUCGACCACGCCGCCGUCAACGCCGCUGCCGCAGGCUGCGGCUGCAGUCACGCCUGCGCCGUCUGAUUACGACAUGGCUGGCGGCAGCGGCGAAGCCGCCGUCGCCGGCGCCGCUGACUCAGCGGCGGCACCCGACGCUGCAGAGCCCCGUACGUUGCUGGCUGCCAUGCAACGCCGUGCGCAGCUGAGCAUGUGGCUUCAGCGUCAGGCGCGGCGGCGAGUGGAAGCGGACCUCCAGACGGCUGGCAGUCCGGCGGCGGUCGUACUGCACUUGCUGGCGGCGCAUCAGCUGGCGGCGGCGAUGGGCGCAGCGGCGGCGGCGGGCGACGCCAGGCUGGCCAUGUUGAUUGCGCGGGCCGGUAGCCGCUCCUCCGCUAGGUCGCAGUUGGCUGCUCAGCUGACCGUCUGGCAGCGGUCGGGCUUCUCGGAGCACAUGGCGGCUGAGAGGCUGGCGGCCUACCACCUGCUGGCGGGGCAGGUCCUGGAGCCGCAGCGCCUGCUUGCACUGGACUGGCGCCGGCUGCUCGGACUGCAUCUCUGGUACGGCACCCACAACACGUCAUCGCCCAUGACUGCCGUACAGCAGUACCUCGUAGAUCGCCACAUGGAGCCGGCUGCCGUACCGCACCCGGCGCCGUACCACGUGGAGGGGCUGCAGCCGUCGGCAACAGGCGCCGCCGCCAGCAGCGCCGCCUCCGCCGUCGGCGCCACUGACGUGCAGUGGGAGCUGCUACAGCUCUGGGC